GCUUUUUGGACCACAGAGACUGCCUGAGCUGCAUCUAUCCAAGCUUUCUGUUCUUCAUUGGGCUGAGCUCACCCUUCUCCCCCAGCCAACAGGACCAUGUCCACCAGCCUGACCACUUGUGAGUGGAAGAAGGUCUUCUAUGAGAAGAUGGAGGUGGCAAAGCCAGCGGACAGUUGGGAGCUCAUCAUAGACCCCAACCUCAAGCCCAAUGAGCUGGGCCCUGGCUGGAAGCAGUACCUGGAGCAGCAUGCCUCAGGCAGGUUCCACUGUUCCUGGUGCUGGCACACCUGGCAGUCUGCCAAUGUGGUCAUCCUCUUCCACAUGCACCUGGACCGUGCCCAGCGUGUUGGCUCAGUGCGCAUGCGUGUGUUCAAGCAGCUCUGCUACCAGUGCGGCACCUCGCGCCUGGACGAGUCCAGUAUGCUGGAAGAGAACAUUGAGGGCCUGGUGGACAACCUCAUCACUAGUCUGCGCGAGCAGUGCUACGACGAGGAUGGUGGCCAGUAUCGCAUCCACGUGGCCAGCAGGCCGGACAGCGGAUUGCACCGCAGCGAGUUCUGUGAGGCCUGCCAGGAAGGCAUCGUGCACUGGAAGCCCAGCGAGAAGCUGCUGGAGGAGGAUGCCGCCUAUACCGACGCUUCCAAGAAGAAGGGUCAAGCUGCUUUUAUCUCCAACUUCUUCUCAUUUCGCUGGUGCCUGUUCUGGGGCGCCCUCUGCCUGGUCAUUGUCUAUCUGCAGUUCUUCCGAGGCCGCUCUGGCUUCCUUUAGUGGAGUGGGGUAAGGGUGGGGAGAAGGGACACAUGGUGUUGGGAGUGAUUUGGUCUUCUGAGUCUGCUACAGGUUGAAUCUAUGACUCUAGUCAUCUACAUACUGCUCACUAGUCUGCACUAGGAGAAACUUAGUGGUCCUUCCACUAAUUUGAUAGCAACGGAAGGAUUUUAGAAGGACUGGGGAUUUUGGAAGCUUGAUGGAGUAUAGUGUGAGUCCGAAAUCUACAGCCACCACCUCCAGCAUUUUACUUUUAUGUUCCUGUCUUUAGGUCUCAUCUGGACCCAGUCACAUCCUCAUGCUUGCUUUCAGCUUUCUCUAAUUGCCCACUGCAUGUUUUCCCUCAGAGGGAGGAGCGCCACCUCCAGCCUCCAUCGGAUACACAAGGAUAGCCACCCAGUCCUGCCCCUACCAUUCUGAAAUGCUGAGGAUUUCACUCUGGCGCUAGGGCUGGGAUGAGGGUGGAGGUGGGGGUGGGAGUGGUGGAAGUAGGGGAGGAAGCUGAAGGGGUUGGAAUGGUCAAGGGCCCAUUGUUCAAUGGGCUAGCUAUUGGCCAUAUGUGGCUGCUCCAAUUUAGAUUAAUUAAGACGAAAUAAAAAGUAUUCCUUAGUAGUUCCAAACUUAGUUGGGUUUAUACAGAAUUUGUCCCCAUAGGGGCCGUUGCUCAAAGGGUGACUUCUAGGAAGAUGAACACCUAGGAUUUGGGCAUCAAGUGCUCCCAGAGGACUUCCACCCUCUGCUUUGUCUACCCUGGGAGCCCCUAGGCAACAGGACAGAAAAGAGGAGGCGCCAGCCUGCAUCUCUUGCUAAAAUCUGCUUUUGUGUCUAGAAAUAGUUUGCCAAAAUUCUGUCAAGAAAAUAGAUCAUAUCUCAGAGGGUCAGUAAAGCCAGGCUGUCUGACCCUUGCAUCAGAGGGAGGGAAUGCGGCUGAGGAUGGAUGUGAGGGCAAGGACGCUAGAAUACGUGAAGAGACAGAAGGCCACGAACACUUCCAGAAGCUUGUGUUCCUGGGGGAAACAAUGAAUUCUGCAUUUUCAUGUUAAAUUGGAGUGACUGGUCCCUGACUCGGCGCCCCUCCCCCACCUGCUGCCGUGAUUUACCUCCUCAGAACUGAGAGGGAGUAGGUUCUAUUUGUUUCCAAGACUUGUUUCCUCAUUAGUCCAUGGGAAUCUCAUUUCUCCGACCCUAGACCAGGCCUCCACACUUUACUACCAAAACAAUAACUGUUCUUCUGUUUGUGAGUUCCUCAUGUGACUGCCACAUUUUACAGUCCUCUCUUUCUGUAAUUGUUCUGUUAAUUGAAAAAGUGGCUGCCACUCUAAUAAUUCCCCUACAUGUAUUUUGAUCAUAUUCAAAUAUCUAUCACCUUUCCUUGCCUGUCCAGUAACUGGCUCUCUCUUCCCCAAAUGAUCCCUAUCCUGCUUUUGUAUCGUAUUUUAAAAUCUCCUUUUUACACAUGAGGGAAACCAUAUGAUAUUUCUCUUUUAGUCUAGCUUAUUUUGCAUAACAUGAUCUCCAGUCCCACCCAUUUCCCAGUAAGUGACAUUUCAUUUUUCUUUAUAACUGAAUGCAUUGCAUUGUGUACACACCACAUACUUUUUCAUCCACUGAUCUGUUAAUGGGUAUGUCAUCUGAUUUCAUAACUUGGCUAUUGUGAACAGUGUCAUAAUAAAUGUGGAUGUGUGGGUA